AUGCCACCAACCAGACGUACAAGCUUAGGCCGCAGAACUCGAAAUACAGCGAGUCAAAGAAAUAUAAGAGCAAAUCAAAGUGAUGAGCAACGCGAAGCGCGAAAUGAACUUGAACGGAAUCGAUAUCAAGAUAGAAAUGUUGUGUUUAAUCCACACAGAGCUGCAUUCAGUUAUAAUGUGGCAAUUGAUUACAGUUCAGAGCAAAUUGUUGCUAUUGGACUAAUGAAUAUUGUGUGUCCACAUUGCAAGGCAUUGAAAUUCAAAAAUGAAGGCCCUGGAUUGUGUUGCGCCAGCGGCCAAGUCAAAUUGACGCCAUUGAUUCAGGGUCAAAUAUAUCAUCGAACAGGUUCCUUAUUGCCAAUGCCUGAUGAAGACUAUAAAUUUUUGCAAAUAUAUUUUAUGGGCAAUUCAGCAAGAGAAGUCGAUCAGCGUUGCGCACACAACAACUCAGUGAAAAGAUCCAUUGUGGAACAACUUCAAACAUUUUUCCAUCAACACAAUGAAUUAGUUGCAUUAUUCACAACUGCAUUAGAUCGCAUGCCAUCAGAUGAUCACAAAAUUGUCAUCAGAGCCGAUAAGGCGCCUGCAGGACAACAUGCUGGACGUUUUAAUGCACCAACAAUUGAUGAAGUGGCUAUUGUUGUCGUGGGUGAAAAUUUAGAAAACCGAGACAUUGUUUUACAUCGGCGGAACGAUCAGCUUCAGCGUGUGUCUGAAACACAUCGAUCAUAUGAUGCCUUACAAUAUCCUAUCUUAUUUUGGCAAGGUGAAGACGGCUAUAAUUUUUCAAUGAAGAUGAUAAAUCCAGUUACAGGUGCUGACACGAACAAAAAAGUUAGUUCAAUGAAUUAUUAUUCAUACAGACUGAUGGUUCGGGAAAAUGAGGACAAUCACAUCUUAAUAUGUCGGCGUCUAUUUCACCAAUAUGCUGUGGAUAUGUAUGUGAAAGUUGAAACUGAACGAUUGACAUUUAUCAGGUUGAACCAGGCAAAACUCCGUUCCGAGGAAUACAUUCAUCUUCGGGAUGCCAUUAAUGCUGAUGGAAAUGCACAGAAUGUUGGCAGAACAACUAUUCUCCCAGCAACGUCGGAAGUCCGCGUCAUAUGCAUGAAUAUGCUCAAGAUGCUAUGUGCUAUGUACGACAUUAUGGCACACCAGAUUUGUUUAUCACAUUCACAUGCAAUCCAAAGUGGACAGAAAUUCAACAAGAAUUAUUUCCUAGCCAAUCACCCAUUGAUCGCCACGAUAUCACUGCAAGGGUGUUAA